AUGAAGGUGAUGAAUGUGGUGGAGAUGGGCGAAUGCCUGCCGCAGGUCAUCAGUUUGAGGCACAUGCUGCAGGCCUCGGGGCACGACAUGAAUGACUUCUUCCCCGUCGUCCGGCCUUUGGAUUGGAACAUUUCGGACCAGGGACUCUUGGAGGGGACGAUGACCAGACACGGCGUGGAGCGACUACUGCGCAUGGCGGAUCCCACAGGCGAUCUGCCGGACAAGGAAGUGGACCUCCUGGAUCCACGCUUCCAGGCACCACCUGACGGCAGCGAGCCGCUGGUGGAGGGUUCUCCCGUUCGAGUGUCGCCCGACUGCACUGUCAAGGAUGCGUACCUCCUUAUGAAGGUGGCCGAGAGUGACGGCGUGGUCUACGUCACAGAGAGAGGAAUUCUCCAGGGCUAUGUGACGCUGAACACCCUGAUGAGCCGUGAGAUUUAG